AUGGGUCUCUUUAGAAGCGGCGACGACGAUAAGUCAAACGUGACUUGCCCUACGCAUUCUUUCGCCCAAGAUGCUGAGAAGAAUAUUACCGGUAGCAUGAGCUUCUAUCAGCUGAGCAUGAUAAUCGGCGGAGCUUGUGCUGCUUUCGCUCUGAUUGUCAUGUUUUUCACCAAGAUGAUGCACGCAACGCAUCUCUCCAAUCCUUCAGAGCAAGUCAACAACGUAUUUUUCGCAACAAAGAAGAAGAAUGGUAUUAAAUGGUUCAAGACACGAUGGAUCAUGAUCUUCCAGAUGCCCGUCAUCGCGAUUGGCGUCGCUGUUGCCACCGAUAUCACCCAGGCUGCCGGUAUCUUUUGCCAGGAAAGCAACUCUCGACACUUUGCCAACAUUUACCUCCGAGUCAUAAUGUCGAUCUCCCUCGUCGUUUCAGUCCUCUCGAUUCUGCAGAUGUACUUCCUUCUAAAGAAGGAUCUCGCGCAUCACAACCCGAUGCUAAAGCUCACUGCUUUCAAAAUCGUAGUCGGCUUGACUUUUAUCCAGGGUAUCAUCUUCUCAAUUCUCAAUGAUCAGAACGUUCUCAAGCCUACCGAUACCCUCACCUACGCUGAUGUUCACGUUGGCAUUCCCAACCUUGUCAUUUGCAUCGAAAUGGCUCCUCUGUCGCUAUUCUUCAUGUUCGCGUAUCCUUGGAGCGUUUACAUGGCUGGCCAUGGCCGUGGCAGCUUUACCAAGUUGGAGCAGGCCAAUGCUCCCGAGAUGUCUUACCAGGGUGGUCCUUUCGGCAUUCAUGCUUGGCUUGCCAUGUUGAACCCCUCCGACUCCCUCAAGGCUAUUCUGUUCAUCUUCAAACGGGAUGACAGGAAUGGCUCUUCAAUGUCGGUCAACAUGACAGGAUAUCACUCCAACGAUCCUUUGGUGUCGCGUCCCUAUAAUCCUCAGCCCUACUCCACCACAAAUUAA